UCGUGUUUCCUCGCCACGCUGUAACACGUUUUCCACGAAAGAGACUUGGGACGGGGCGUGCGGCGCUCGCUCGCGACUAGAAAGAGAAAGAAAGAGAGAGAGAGAGAGAGAGAGAGAGACAGAACCUGUCUUGUUGUGAGUGUCUCCUCCCCUCUGCCACCACGUCGCCCUUCUCUCUCUCUCUCUCUCUCUCUCGCACUCCCUGCGUCGUGAAUCGUACUGCGUAUCACGCUCUCCGUCUGUCUGUCUGGCUGACCGUCCGGUCUCCCUCCCCUCGUCCUUCUAUCUCUGUUCUGCGCGUGUGAGUGUGAGCGAGUUAGUGUCGGUGUUUAUUCUCGCACGCGUAUGAGAGCACGCGCACGCGCGCGCGCGCGCACUCGUGUGUAUACACGUCACCGUCGUGGACCACGCAGUAAAUUGUGUUAUUCGGAGAGACAAACAGGUGCAGAAGGAGGGUUCCGUAGGUCCGUGCUCCGCGCUCGCUCGCUCGCUCGCAAAACGGCCGCACCUCGUGGCAUACGCGCUGUGUGACGGCGCUCCGCGCUCAUCGUGUGGCUCACGGCAGUCCGGCCGACGUCUACCCGCCGUCCUUCCCCCCGAUCGCGGACGCGCGUCACGAAUUACUUCCUCGCGCGAGGAAUGCGCGAGCGGCGGUGGCAUGGCACGUCCGAGCCACCGUUGAGGAGUCUCGGCGCGCCCGAGACGCGGCCUGUAGCCGCCUGAGAUCGGUGGCGGGCGAAAUUAGACGAAACCGCGUGACAGGUGGAUUCGAGGUGUGCCGAAACGUGGAGAGAAAGAGAGAAGGCGAGAGAGAGAGACGGUGGACGGUGUGUGAAGGAGGGAGCGUAGCGAGAGUGAGAGAGUGGCCGUCGCAACAUCUCGGAGUUCGCGGGAUCUUCCCUACUUGGUUCCCGACGCCGCAAAACGUGGGGGGGUGAGAGAGGAUCGAGGGGGUGAUUGUGGAGAUUGUGAUCGGUUCGUUGCCGCAGUCAUCAUCGUCGUCGUCGUCGUCAUCGUCUCGUGGCUGGCCAUGGCUCGCCAUUGUUAUUGUUGUCGUUCCUCCUAACCUACGAGAAGGUAGACGUCCGCGACUGCCAUCGUGAGAGGAAGAGAGAGAGAGAGAGGGACGCGACGCGACACGACACGACGCAGCAGCAGCAGCAGCAGCAGCAGUAGCAGCGCACGCCCUCGGAUCUCGGCGAACGCUGCGACGAGCGCAUCGCACAUGCAACCCGGCUGGCGGUGCUGUUGCACGCAUCGCCGUGUAUAUUUACGUCCCGAAACGUGCUCGGUGCGAAGGCGCGCGCGCUCGCGAGAGCCGCUCCCGAUAUCGUUUCCGUCGUGACUAUCAAUGUGCGGCGGACCUGAGUGCGCGAUAACAGCGAGUUGACAAGCGAGCACGUUUUUCCUCGACAACGGAGGGAAGCAUCGUGGCGCUGGAAGACGCAGUUCGCUGACACGUUGACGGCCGUUGUUGUUAUGCCCGCGAAAGUGCUCACGCGGAUCACGCUCCACCAAGGCGAUUGAGCGGCGAGACGUUAAUCGUGUUGGAGGAGCGACUGAGACGGAGAGAUCUAUCUAUUAUUUAUUAAGAGAUUGAUCGAUCGAUCGAUUGUACUUUUAUCUUCGGUCUAGGGACUACGUCCUCUAAGAACGUUCGAGGUAAACAAAAGUAAUACAGGAAAGUAACAAAUUUUUUAACAUUCAGGAGAAGCGAGAAUCGACAAGGAAAGUAUAGUGAAACGCAAAAAUAAUACGAAGAUACACAAAAGAUUAAAGAGAAUUAAGUACAGGAAAUUGGAAAAGAAAUCGCAGUAUAAAACGCAGAAUAUAACAGAUAUAAGUAAGACGAAAGAGAGAGAGAGAGAGAGAGAGAGAGAGAGAGAGAGAAGAGGAUAUUUGACGCGAGUGUGGAAAUUGUCGUCGUUUCUCGAGCACAAUGAAAUGAACUUUUGCGCCGUUGUGCGUCACGCGGUCUUUCGGUGAGGACGAGGCGCACCGCGCGCACGUGUAACGACGUGCUCUCGGCGCGUUCCGUAAAACGCGCCGCGCACGCCGCGGAGGACUCGCAUGCUCGAGGAGAAAGGAACAGGCAGCGGGAAGUGGGAAGCGAGCGGGGACGAUAAUAGCCGGGAUAUCAUGUGAAUGAUACGUAGAACGCGAAGGGCCGAAACGCUUGUACCCGCGUACUCGAGGGAUUCGUUGGCAAUCACUAAUCGUGCGGCAACGACGAAGAAGACGACGAAGACGACGACGACGACGACGACGACGACGACGAUCUUCUCGAUCGUCAUCCCGACGAUGUCCUCGGGCAGGGGCCCGGCGUCGCCCUCGGGCGGGCCCGUGAUCCGCUCCGGCCAUCUGAAGAAGCUCAAGACGAUGAAGAAGAAGUACUUCGUGCUGCGCGGCGAGGGACCAGGUUGCCUCGCCUGCCUCGAGUAUUACGACAGCAAGAAGAAAUUCGAGAACAGGCAGCCGCCGAAGCGCAGCAUACUGCUGCACAGCUGCUUCAACAUCAAUAAGCGCGGCGACACCAAGCAUAAGCACGUGAUCGCGCUCUACACCAAGGACGAGUGCUUCUGCCUGAUCCUCGACAGCGAGAAGGAGCUGGACGAGUGGCUCAAGGCGAUGCUCAGGCUACAGAGCGGGGACGUGCCCGAUGGGGAGCAGCCGCGGCCUACAUUCGAACACGUGUGGCAAGUUACAAUGCAAAAAAGAGGUCUAGGUGCACGAAAGAACAUUCACGGACCCUACAGAUUAUGCCUCACCGAUCAAACUUUAAGUUUAGUGAAGAUUGGGGCACAGGAUAACUCUGAUUCUAUCGAGAUUUCUCUAAAUUAUAUUAGACGAUGUGGAUUUGCGAAUGAUAUAUUCUACAUAGAGGUUGGCCGAUCCGCCGUAACCGGAGAUGGCGAAUUUUGGAUGGCAGUCGAAGAUAACAAUAUCGCGCUCAAUAUGUACGAUGUAAUAACGACUGCGAUGAGGAAUUCGAAAAGUAACAAAGACGAAGUUGGGCCUCGCCAGAGAACGCGUAGUUCCUCCGCCAACGAAGCCAGUAAACCUAUAUCCGUUCUUCAAAGACGGCAUACGGGUCAAAAGCUUCAUGGCUUUUCGCCCCUGGAGGAACAGAAGAUAUACAAGGAGCAAGUGGAACCACUGCAAGAGCAGACUGCUACUUCCUCUGUUCUCACACAGUGUAGUCAAUCUCGGAAUAUCUCCUCCACCAAUACAGUCACGGCCGUUGCUGGUACCGGGGCUUGGACUACUGGGAUUGCCACGACUAAUGCCAACAGUGCCGGUACCGCUAGACGUCGUCAUUCGGUAGCGAGUCAUCCUCAUUCCGUCAAUAAUUCCCAAUCCGUUCACAAUGUCACAACAGCAACAAAUGCAACUAUGACUACCACUACUGUCACUACCACUACCAUCACUGCAACCACCACUACCAUCACCACCACCAUUACUGCGACCGUCACCGCGACGAUCACUACAACCACAACCGCGACAAUAUCCCAUCAGAGAACCUUGUCGCUGCCCUUAGCUGCCGUUAUUAUCAAUCAAACGCAACCAUCUAAAAGAUCCGUUUUACGGUGUGCUACCGGACGCGAUCGAUGCGACAGUUUGCCGUCGAGAGCUCGUACUACCAGUGAGGGACAACCGACUACGGUUGUGUUAAGCCAUCCUAGAGGAGCCCAUAUUAUGUCGCACGUACCGCGACCGCAUUCCAUGUGUGGCCGAGGCCUCUCAUAUUCUCCACCAAUCGCGUCAAUGCCUAUUAGUCCAUCUUCCGACGUCUGUUCGUCGGAUUCGGCCGGAUCGUCACCUUCGAUGGAUGAUUGUGGUGAGAAUAUUUUGGAAGAAAGCACUGUCUCGAGGUACGGGCAUUCCUUGACACCUGACGAGCCUGUAAUCUUAGACAAGAAAGGUGACGACUAUGCCCUGUGGUCAACGUCGCAUCCACAUUUGAAAUACUCGCCAAACUUUAAAUCUCAUUCGCCCUCUCAGAGUUCCUACCAGAGUGAAAUGUAUAGCCCCUGUGGGUCGAGUCCGGGUCGUGGAGGCGUAUACAUGCCCAUGAGCCCGGCGACAACGGCUCAUUCGCAUUCCCGUGGAUCAUCCCUUGUGGAGGAAAGCAACGUGGAUGGCUACGUACCGAUGGCACCAGUUGGAGAUGACGGUUACGUCGAUAUGGAUCCUGUAAAUAGUCACAACGGUCACUUUCCGGACGAUAUGUCGCAGAACGAUGGUAGUAGCUGUUCUGUUACGUCUGGCACGCCUAGUACGGAUCUGCGGUUUUCUGAAUAUCAUUUGGACAAGGUAACCAGCUUUUUAACACCCGGGGAAGAUCUGCAAGCCAGACCAACCAGAGCUUACUCCGUUGGAUCGAGACCGGAACAAGCCAAUAGGCAUCGUAAAAACAGGUUGGACAUUACUCCGCAAGACGCCAACAGAGUCCGAGCAUUUUCCGUAGGUAGUCGGUCUAAGAGGCCUGAGAUCGGAAGGCUAGCCAAUGUAAUUACUGCGCCAUUACCAGCUGGUUCGGAAACCUCAAAUUCGAAGUCAAGUUCCGCGCCAUUGCUGUCGAGCUCUUGGGGACACAAUUCGGGUUGCUCCGGAGCGUCCGAUCGCAUGGAGGAUCUUAUGGAGUUGGAUUUCACAAGACCCAGUAUUCCAACCGCUCUCUCUUCGCCUCCGACAUCAUGUUCCCAACCUCAGUCGCAACCGCAACUGUAUUCUACUUAUUCUACUGCCACCGACACUAGUUCCUACGUCGACAUGUCGCCCGGACAAGCUCCCAUAUCGACUACUGCCCCAUACGUCGAUAUGAGUGGCAUAAAUAAGAUCAAUCGCAAUAACAAUAAUAAUACAAUCACUGCCAACCACAAUCAUAGCCACAUGCAUAUAUCAUCGCUAACUUUCGCUCAUAAACCUGUAAUUACAACUUUAAAGCCGGUAGAAGAAGCGGAGGGACCUUACAUGAAAAUGGACGGUACGAUAGAGAUAGAUUGGACGCAUUCGGAAGCGAGUCCGAAACAAUUAUCAUCGCCUAUUCAAGAGGAUACCUAUCAAACAAAUGGGCCACCAGGUAGCACAAGAACAGCACCUGUAGAUCUUCCGCAACCAAGGCGUCCUCCGGAGGGCUACGUAGAGAUGUCUUUUAAAGCGCGGCCGAGUUUAGAACAAGACUACAUAAAUAUGAGUAUGGGUGGGAACAAUCGAAACAAUCGUAAAACACGAACGGGCAAUCGCAAGGAAAAAUCGCGAUCUCAACCAAUCGCGAUUCAGGCGGGCAGUAAGCCAUCUAAAACUCCAAAUUUUCUACCUUUGAACGGAAGUCCGACAUCCGAGAGUCUAGCGAGCACGCCCGCCUCUCCGCCGCGAGCAACACCAACGGGUUCAUCGGCCACGAUUUUUCCCUUUUCUCUGAACAGUCCUCAGUCACCUGUGAAACCUUUCACGAAAAAAAACGAUGAAUUCUCCACGACAGAAGGAGAAGGUUUUUCUAACCAAAACAAAAACAAUGAAUAUGCGGUGAUGGAACCCGCAAAUACGGUUUACACGUCGUGUUCUACCCCAUUGACGGAGACGAUAUCCUCGUCGAAGGCGAAUAGCGAGAAGCCACCUAGUCCUGUAGAGAAGAAUGUUCGAGUUAUAUUAAAGUCUUCGUCAUCGCAAGAACACGGUAAGCCCAUUAACGUAAUAACGAAAAAACUGUCGGAUCUAACGGUGUCGAAACCGCGUCUCGUCACGGCCUCGCCGAACACCAGUCCUACUCUGACGGGUUUCAAGCCGUCGACCGCGCAACAGCCGAAGCCAUCCUCGCCAAAAUUCAUCGACGAGUCUCCCACGCCUACGCCCGCAUCUACACCCACGCCCACGCCAAGUCCGUUGGACAGCGAGGGCUACGAGAAACUUCAACCGGGCGCGACAAUACUGCAUUACGCUAGUCUCGAUCUGCCGGAGGUCGAUAAUCCAGCGCCCGUAUCGCCGGCGUCCACGCAGGAGAAUUUCACCUACGCCGAGAUCGACUUCGCGAAACUCAAGCAGACCUAAAAUAUGCGCUAUCCUGAAUGCGCAUAUUUUGCCGCCCCCGUGUCGCGUACAAGGCUGUGCGUGACGGGGUGGUUUGGCUGACGCCUCUUGUGUUCCCCACGAUAGCAACGAGUAGGCAGGGUAUAAUCGAUCGUUCUGACAUUGGCUCUGCUGGUCUAACGAACAAGGCGCCGGGUAGGAACUGUAUAUAUAAUUCAUUUCUUUUUCUCUCCAGCCUAAUGGCAUUAUACCGCUCGCCGAUCUUUUUCAUGUAAUAGAUUGGCAGCCUAUUUUAAAUUGUUUGAGAAAUAAGCAUCGUUGGUACCUAUAGUUCUGGUUGUACUGCAUUAAUAUCGUAUUUUAUCGAAAUGAUGUGAAAUUUUUUAAUAUAGGCGAAAUACAUUUUUCUCGCUGAUUCCGAAGAGAGUCCUCAAAUCUGUCCACAUGUAUGCUAUUUCUAAUAUUAAACGAUCGGUAAUUUAACGGAAAAGAGCAAACUACGAAAACGUUAUAUUUUUAUUUUUAGUUAAAAUAAUGUAUUUGUAUAAUUGGGGUUAGUAGAAGGAAUUUUUUUGAUAUUAGAAUAUAUCAUCUAAUUAAAUGAGAGUCGUUUGUAAAAAUGUAUAAAUCUUUUAAAUUUUAAUUUUGUUAGUGGAUUUGCGUGUUAUCUCUAUCAAAAUUUGUUUUGUUUUGUAUUAUAUUUCCAGAUGCUGACAAGCCAAAUAUGUAUAAGUCAAUUCUUUUGAGAUAUAUAUAGAUAUAUAC